GUUUCCACUACAUUGUAAUAAAGCUGUAUCCAGAAAUGCAAAACAUAUCUUAAAUGAAGAUAUUGAAGUUCUGAAAAACCUGGUUACUGGAGUGUGGCUCAAACAGAUUAUAAACCUUCAAAUUCUGACCUAGCAAACCAGACACUCACCUUUUAAGGAUUUAGUGACUUGAAUACUUGGACGAUGUGGACUAGUGCCUUGCUUGAUUCAAGGACCAAAACAGGACCAUGGGCGGCACCGGAAGAAAAGAGGAUCAAACUAAAAAGCGUCUUUGGCUAAGUUGCCUGAACAUUUUGAAUGACCAAUUCUGAAAUUAAAAGACAUUUAAAGUGUUGCAUUUUUCCUUCGAGUUGGUAUGCACACACUCACCUUGUAUGUUUAAAUAUAAAACCUACCUGUGUGUACAAACUACAUCAUUGAGAUAUAGGACAUUAAGAAUUUAAUUACAACAUUGGGUAUCAAAACCAGGACCCCCCACACUGAGCUAUACUCCCAACCCUAGUUCUGAUUCUUGAUUAUCAGAUUCCUUUUUAAAAAAAAAAAAAAAAAAGAAUGUCUGUGGUGCAUUGUUUGCCACCUGGGUGGUUACUGGAUCAUCUUGCUUUCAUUAACAAAGUAAACUAUCAACUUCGCCAUCAUCGAGAGCCUUUUUGUAGUAAAAACAAGCCCACUUCUUCUGUCUACCUGGAUUCUCUUCAGCUGGAUCCUGUGUCUCCUUUUGGAGCUCCUGCUACGAGCUUUGCUCCUGACUCUACUACUGUGUCAGGCAGCGAGGAUGGAGGAAGCUGUGAAGUGGUCACCCAAAAAUACGUUUUCCGAUCUGAGCUAUUCAAUGUCACCAAACCUUACAUAACUCCAGCUGUUCACAAGGAGCGCCAACAAAGUAAGGAAAACGAAAAUCUAGUGACCGGUGAUAAACCAGAGGUCUCCGUUUCUGUUGGGAAGAAGCGUAAAAGAUGCAUUGCUUUCAAUCAAGGUGAAUUGGACGCCAUGGAGUAUCAUACAAAGAUCAGAGAGCUGAUUUUGGAUGGAUCUUCGCAGUUAAUCCAAGAAGGUCUCAGAAGUGGUUUCCUUUCCCCACGUGUUGGAAAGCAGGACGGCACUAGUGGACACAUCACUUUACCACUCGAUGCCUGCAAUUUGUCAGAGUUAUGUGAGAUGGCAAAGCGUCUGCCUUCCUCAAGUGAAAUGGAGCUUCAGACACUACAGUUGAUGGGGGAUGAUAUGUCUGUUAUUGAGCUGGAUUUAUCCUCACAGAUCAUUGAAAAUAACUCCAGCUUUUCCAAAGUAAUUACUCUAAUGGGACAGAAAUACCUGCUGCCACCAAAGAGCAGCUUUCUUUUGUCUGACAUUUCUUGUAUGCAGCCACUUCUUAACUGCAGUAAGACAUUUGAUGUAAUUGUGAUUGAUCCACCGUGGGAGAACAAAUCGGUUAAAAGAAGUAACAGGUACAAUAGUUUAUCACCACAGCAGAUAAAGCGAAUGCCUGUCCCUAAGCUGGCUGCUGCUGACUGUCUUGUCGUUACUUGGGUGACCAACAGGCAGAAGCAUCUGUGUUUUGUGAAGGAAGAACUAUAUCCUUCAUGGUCUGUGGAAGUUGUUGCAGAAUGGUACUGGGUAAAAGUCACAAAUUCAGGAGAGUUUGUGUUCCCGUUGGAUUCUCCACACAAAAAGCCUUAUGAAUGUCUUGUACUGGGGAGAGUUAAAGAAAAAACUGCUUUAGCAUUAAGGAACGCAGAUGUAAGAGUACCCCCUGUCCCAGAUCAGAAGUUGAUUGUCAGUGUGCCCUGUGUUCUUCACUCACACAAGCCGCCUCUUGCUGGUGUGCGACAAACAAACGUAAAAGAACAAGUUAGCAAACAGCAGGUAGAUGGAAUGCAGCAAAUGGAUCCCAACAUCAUCAAAUCACGAACCAAGGGAUGGAGCGGCCUGACUGAGAGAGCAAACAAAGAUGACGUCAUCAAGAUGUACGACACCCAUCAGAAAUUAACUGGAGAAGCUGCACUGCGGUGGUCAGCUUGGUUUCCUGGCUGA